CUACGGAGGCCGGCGGGGGUAUCAGUUUAUGCGAUUCAGCGACAACAACUUACUUUCGGAUUCUCCCCGCCGACACUGGUGUAUGGACUUGACUGCUAUGAGCACAACUUCGGUAGAACUGGAACUGGGUUUUGAAGAACUGGCUGUGCAAAGGUUGAGUUGCAGAAACAACACGACGUUUCACCUGGUGCAGAUAAGGCAUUAUCAGGUCAGGUCAUCCAUACAGGGUGUAAACAGCACCAAUAUGAGCUGACCAUGGAGGAUGUGGGACUGAUUUGAGGAGUAGUAGGAUAAACGUUUCUACAAUGGGGAGUCAGAGGAACGGAUUCAAGAAGGAGACCUUCAUUUUGUCGGUGGAUGUGGGAACUACGUCAAUCAGAUGUCACGUCUAUGAUAAGGAGGCAACAAUCAGAGGAUCAUGCACUACCAAGAUUGCUCCCCUGUAUCCAGAGGUUGGAUACGUGGAGAUGGACCCAGAUGCACUGUGGAAAGGGUUUAUUACUGUGGUCAAGGGAGCUGUGCAAGAUGCAGAGGUACAAAUGCAUCAGAUAGAAGCCCUGGGCAUUUCCACCCAACGAGGCACCUUCACAACAUGGGACAGGAGAACUGGGGUUCCUUUCCAUAACUUCAUCAGCUGGCAGGAUCAGAGGUCCGCAGACCUGGUGAAGUCCUGGAACAGAUCCUGCACAAUGAAGACAAUCCAUGGUGCGAUGAAGGCGGUCUACUUCGUGACCAGAGAGAAGCGGUCACUUGCAGCAAGUCUUAUCGUCUUCUCCACUCAACAUGUCACCUUCCGCCUCAUCUGGGUCCUAACACACUGCAAGCAGGUUUGUCAAGCAGUAGCUGAGGGUAACUGCUGCUUCGGAACAAUAGACACCUGGCUCUUGUUCAAACUCACAAAAGGGAAGGUCCAUGCCACAGACUACUCUAAUGCCAGUGCAACAGGAAUUUUCGACUCCUAUCAGAUGUGCUGGAGUGGGUUUCUCUGCUCUCUAGUUUCGCUGCCUCUCUCUAUUUUCCCUAAAGUAGAAGAUACAGGCCAUGACUUUGGUUCCACAGACCCGUCCAUCUUUGGAGUGUCCAUUCCCAUCAUGUCAGUGAUGGCGGACCAGCAGGCAGCCAUGUUUGGAGAGUGCUGCUUUGACGUUGGUGAUGUCAAGAUCACUAUGGGAACAGGCACCUUUAUGGACAUCAACACCGGGAGCCAACCACAUACAUCCGUAGCAGGUCUGUAUCCUCUGGUGGGCUGGAAGAUCGGCUCAGAGGUGGUGUAUCUGGCGGAGGGCAACGCAGCAGACACAGGCACUGCCAUCAAAUGGGCACAGGAGCUGGAGCUCUUCUCUGACGUCCAGGAGACCAGCGCCAUGGCUUAUAGUGUCAGCGACUCAGACGGAGUGUGUUUCGUUCCUUCCUUCAGCGGCCUGCAGGCUCCUCUGAAUGAUCCCAAAGCCUGUGCCUCACUCAUGGGCCUCAAACCUUCAACCAAUAAAAGUCAUCUGGUGCGUGCCAUUCUGGAGUCUAUUGCCUUUAGGAACAAGCAGCUCUACGAGACGAUGCUGAGAGAAACUGACAUUCCCAUCACCAAGAUCAGGGUGGAUGGCGGUGUUUCCGCCAACGACUUCGUCAUGCAGCUGACUGCAGACCUGUUUGGCAGGAAGGUAGCCAGACCCCAACACUUGGAAAUGUCGUGUUUAGGGGCUGCUUUUGUCGCAGGGCUUGGAACGGGCUUCUGGAGGACCAAGGAAGAGCUGAAGAAGCUGCAGAACACAGACGAGGCAUUCUUGCCCAAAGGAGUACCCCAGGGCGGUGCUUUCAGCCCAAGUCGGGAUUACAUCCCCGUCGUUCAGAGCUGGGAGAAAGCUCUCCGACGCUCCAUGAAUUGGUACAAGCCUUGACACUGGAUGCACACACCAGGAGAUCCAGGGUUUGACCAAACGGGAAGAUAGAGACAUGGGUUUUGAGUCCUAUAUGACAGCAGAUGAUCCUUAUGAAACAAAAUAACGGUUUUAAGAUGACAACCAUCAGCUGUGUCUCUGAACUAUUUUAAGGGGAAAUUUUUAAGUGACAAAAAGAAAUUAUACGUACAUGAUUUGGCAUCUUUCAACCUUUUGUGUCUAAGUUUCUAAUGGGAACAACAAUGUUGUCCAGUACUGAACGACAGGGCUCCAGCUGAUUGCCACAUAAUCACUUGGGGCACGUUUGCACGGUCAGUGUACGUCCGCUAAAGUGUUUGUUUUUGCCACUGACAGGCUCAGAUUGUUAUUAUAUAGUUGUGUUUCCACCAAACACUUUGGGAACAUACAUACCGAACCGAUACGUACCCCAUACGGACAUAUACUUAACCUUUUUUUUUUUCACCAAAGACAGUACUCUGCUGCUCCGUCCAGCUCUCGCUGUAUUUCCUGUUCAGGAGUGAUGGAGAGGAACAUCUGCACCUCGCUGAUCGUCCGUGUAACGGGGUUUCACAAUUGGGAAAUUGAAAAAUAGUGGCCGUGUUCAUUGAGUCGAGAGAGGGGUUAUGAAAAAACAGAACUAAAUGGAACAGAUUUAUUGGUACCACCCACAACUUUUGACACUGGAAAUGCAAAUGUAACCUUUCUAAUGUGUAACCAACUGAACUACACCGGACUGCUUGAUGGAAAUGAGACAGUCAGACAACAAUAUAUAAAGUUUCCCUACAGAGAUAGACCUUUUUGUUAAAGAAUAAAGUCCUUUUUGUUUAAAUAGAAACAGCCCUGAAAUCGCCAUCACCUCACCCACCAGACUCCAUUUAAAUAAACAGUCAUUUUAACGUGCACAGAGCCAGCAUUGUUUCACAUCUAACUGGAUGAUUCAAGGGUUUAUUUUAACAAAACCAGAGUGGAUGGUUGUUUGAACAGUUUAAAUACAAACUAAGACUGUUUUGUGAGUUAUAUUUUGUGUCUGUCAACUCUGAAUGAAGUGUGUUUUACGAUGAUAAAAUUACCAUUUAUUUAAAUGGAGUCUGGUGGGUUUGGUGAUAUUGAUUGCGCGACUGUUUAUGUUUAAACAAAAAGGACUUUAUUCUUUAACAAAAAGGUC